UAUUUUAAAAAUUGAUCAGACAGACGUGAUUACGUUACAGUAUUCAUCAGUGCCCACUAUCCUGGAGCUUUUUCGCGGGCGCGUGUUCCAUUUUUAGUUUAUUAUUCGCCCGAGAUCCCGCUGAAAUCGUUCAGCGAGGCGGAGCCCUGAACCAUGAAGUUCGCCGAGCAUCUCUCAGCGCACAUCACGCCAGAAUGGAGAAAGCAAUAUAUUCUUUACGAGGAAAUGAAGGGGCUACUGUACGCAGCUAUGGAGGGAGCCCCGUCUUCUGAGAUUGUGACUGAAGGCGAGAUUAAGAGCUAUUUCGCAAAAAUGGACGAACAAUUUUUCCAUCAAGCUGAAAAGGAGUUGUUUAAAAUCAACACGUUUUUCUCCGAAAAAUUGGCUGAAGCGAAUCGACGCUUCGCGGGUCUGAAAAGUGACCUGGCAUCAGCUCAUCAAGAGCCUGGAAGCAAUGAUGGACGGGGUGGAUUCGUCGGAUUAUUCUCUCGCUCAGGAACAAGAAAGAAGGACAGCGAACUGAAGCUUGCGUUCUCUGAAUUCUAUUUGUCAUUAAUCUUGCUGCAGAACUAUCAGAAUCUCAAUUUUACUGGCUUCCGGAAAAUUUUGAAGAAGCAUGACAAGCUUUUCUGCUCGGACAGUGGAGCCCGAUGGCGCGUUGAAAACGUCGAGUCUUCUCAUUUUUCUAUCAACAAAGAUAUCAACAAGCUUAUCCAAGAAACGGAGAAUCUUGUCACGCAUGAGCUUGAAGGAGGAAAUCGAGGACGAGCCAUGAAAAGACUGCGUGUACCCCCGUUGGGCGAUCAGCAUUCUCCGUGGACUACUUUCAAAGUUGGAUUGUUCCUCGGUGCCUUCCUGGUCUUACUUUUCGUCGUGGCGUUAUCAGCAGCCUUUAGAGACACUGGAAUCGACUGGAGGGUUGGAAUUCGUUUAUAUCGGGGGCAAUUCCUGGUGUUUCUCAUGGUUUUCCUGGUCGGCGUGAACGUUUAUGGCUGGCGCACAUCAGGCGUGAACCAUGUACUUAUUUUCGAGCUCGACCCCAGAAACCAUAUCAGCGAACAGCACUUGAUGGAACUUGCAGCUGUGUUCGGCGUCAUGUGGUGUGUGAGCGUCUUGGGCUUCUUGUAUUCUGAUGCAUUAGGAAUGCCGAUGUUUUCCCAUCCUGUGAUUCUCGCGGGAGCGAUGGUGGCAUUUCUCAUCAACCCAUUCCGUGUUAUGUUGUACGACGCCCGGAUUUGGUUCUUGCGGAUAUUGGGAAGGGUCGUGUGUGCACCGCUGUUCUUCGUGAACUUCGCUGAUUUCUGGCUGGGUGAUCAGUUGAACAGCCUAGUGCCGGCUAUUACUGACUUCGAGUACUUCAUUUGCUUUUAUGCAAGUAACGGCGGAAAUUGGUCGAAGGUGGCUGGAGGAGCCGGUCGUUGCGUGAACAAAAACUAUUUAAUUCGUCCUGUUGUUGGAUGUCUUCCGGCCUGGUUUCGUUUUGCGCAAUGUUUGAGACGAUAUCGGGAUACGAGAGAGGCUUUUCCGCAUUUGGUGAACGCGGGAAAAUACUCAACAACUUUUUUCGUCAUCCUGCUUUCAACGCUCAAUUCUGAGAACAAAGAUGAAUUUUCGUCGGCCGACAAAAAUCCAUACUUCUACUUAUGGAUUCUCGCAUCCAUCGUGAGCUCAUGUUAUGCGUAUACUUGGGACGUUCGGAUGGAUUGGGGUCUUCUUGAAUCAUCCUCGGGAGAUAAUAAGUUUCUGCGCGAAGAAAUCGUUUAUCCCCAUCGAGGUCAUUACUACUUGGCUAUCGUGACGGAUUUUCUGUUGAGAUUCGGUUGGGCCAUUUCGUUAUCGUUAAUUGAGAUGGGAUACGUUCAUGGCGACCUGAUGGUGACAGUGUUGGCUCCAAUGGAAGUUAUAAGGUACCGUAAUCAUUUGAAAUACAUAAAACUAUGUACUAUCUUCCGUUUUGUUCCGUUGCGUCUUUUCGUAUCUUCGUCACGUUUAAUUUUACCCCACUGCGUUUUCUCGCUUCUAUUUUUUUCUACGUUUGUUCCUCUUUUCUCUCGCUGUUGUGGUAUUUCGAAUGGCUUCUUUCUUUCGGUGUUUCUUGGUUGCGCAUUCGCUUUUUGUCUAUCCUAUGCUGACUGGGAUAGGCGAUUCGUGUGGAAUUUCUUCCGAGUGGAAAACGAAAUGUUGAACAACUGUGGCGACUUCCGUCGGAAGAAGGACGUGAUGUUCUACGAAACUUUGGAGGGCUCAUCAUCUCACGAAUUCGGUCUCGUCGUCAGGCGGUUUGUGUGGAACUUCUUCCGACUGGAGAACGAACACUUGAACAAUUGUGGGCAGUUCAGAGCUGUGCGAGACAUCGGUAUCAAGCCAAUGAACGACUCGGAUCAGGCCUUGAUGGUCCGGAUGAUGGACGAUCCCGAGAGUGUGAUUCAUGUGCGACAUCGGAGAGCCGCUGCAGCAGCUGCUGCUGCCCGAAGCAAGGGCAAAGGAGUCGGUCGGGAUGGCGUCAAGUUGCCCUUGUUGGGUGUGGGUGGAGCUGAAGGGAACGAAUCCGAUCCCUAUGCCACUGUUUCGUCCAUGAGCAGUGUUAGGCAAUGGCUCAUGUCCAUCGGCGGCAAUGCGAAGCCGUCGACAGCUUAA